ACAGUUUAGACAGGUGAGGACUCUCAAGAACCAAUAGUUAACUUACCAUCCCCCUAGCCAUCCUGAGGAGGAGUUCCUGUGUGAAAAUGUGAAGUCAGCACAGUCGGUUGUGUUGAGCUCCUCAAAACAACAUUCGUGAAAUGUUACAGAAGACAUCGUUUUUAAUGUUUUAAGGUUAUAUUAUUUUGGUCGAGAUGGGUCGUUUUUAUCGCCAGUCUGUUGGUUGUCCUCGUCGAAAACGAACGGUUAGGCUGCUAUGACAAACUGAGUAAAUGCGGGCUUUUUUUCUGCUGUCUUCAACCUCUGAAUCCUGGCCGUUACAGUGGUGAGGACGCGCGCCUUGUGUUUAAAUUCACACGCAGGCGGGAAAAACGUGACGGAUCUCGGAGCGUGGUCUGUUGUGGCGGGAAUCAUGUUGGCGUUGACGUUCACCUGUCGCUUACUACUCAUCUUUCUGUUGUCAGAUUCAGUAAAGAUGACGGACGAAAAUCAGUUGCUGGUGUUGGAAAAGCAGUGGCGUCAGGCGUGUGUGCUGGACUGUGCUAGAGGGCGCCAUCAAGCUGUGUGUGGCAGCAACGGCCGAAUGUAUAAAUCUCUGUGCUCUUUCCAGCGUGCGCAGUGCAUCAACAGACAGCUGAGGACGGCUGCAGUGUCAACAUGCACAGAUGCGUUGAGGUCUAAAUGUCAGCUGGCUCGCUCUCAAGCUCUGCGGGCCAGCGCUCGUUCUGAUUCCUCUGCUGUCUUUAUCCCAGAAUGCAAAGCCGAUGGAACUUAUGCAGAGGUGCAGUGUCACAAUCAGACGGGUUACUGCUGGUGCUCCUCUCCUGAUGGGAUUCCUAUGAGCGGAAGCUCUGUCUUACACCUGCAGCCCAACUGCACUGGAUUCUCUAAACCAGUGGUUCCCAACCCUGGUCCUGGAGGCACCCUAACACUGCACAUGACACCUGCGGCCCGUCCUCAUGUCCUCAGCUCUCCGGCCUCUUUCUCGUCUGUUCAAACUCUCCGUCUGUACUUUACGCUGCUGGACACAGACGCUGACGGGCUUCUGAGCGAGCGGGAAGCGCGUCUGUUACGUCUCCUGCUCCGCAGAACUCUGCGUCCUCGCCGUUGUGCCAAGAAGUUCAUGCAGUUCUGUGACCGGAACGCAGACCGCCGCCUAAGCGCUCAAGAACUCACUUCCUGUCUUGGCAUUUAA